GCUGCGCGCGGAGGAGGUGGAGGAGGUGCCGGGCGGCAGCUUCCCGCCCCCGAGCCGGAGCCGGUUCCGAGCGGAGUGGAGUGGAGGUUUUCCCCGGAGCGUAGCUGCCUGAGCGGGCACCGAGCCCCCGCCAUGGCCCGGAAUACGCUGUCCUCGCGCUUCCGUCGGGUGGACAUCGACGAAUUUGACGAGAACAAAUUCGUGGACGAACAGGAGGAGGCGGCGGCGGCGGCGGCCGAGCCAGGCCCGGAUCCUAGCGAGGUGGACGGGCUCCUGCGGCAAGGGGACAUGCUUCGGGCGUUUCAUGCAGCCUUGCGGAACUCUCCCGUCAACACCAAGAAUCAAGCUGUGAAGGAACGGGCCCAGGGCGUGGUGCUGAAAGUGCUUACAAAUUUUAAGAGCAGCGAAAUUGAGCAGGCUGUGCAGUCACUGGACAGAAAUGGCAUUGACUUGCUAAUGAAGUACAUUUAUAAAGGGUUUGAGAAGCCCACAGAAAAUAGCAGCGCAGUGUUACUCCAGUGGCAUGAAAAGGCAUUAGCAGUAGGAGGACUAGGCUCCAUUAUAAGAGUUCUUACAGCAAGAAAGACUGUUUAAAAAAAAAAAAAAGACUCAUGUUACCUUGAGAAGAAUUUUGGAUGCACAGGCUGUUGAAGAAGGGAUUGACAAUGGACCAUCUUCCUCGGAACUCCCAAGUAAACUAUUUCAGGACAUGCAUCCGCUAAAGUGUGUUUUAUUUUCAAGGUGGAGGGAGAAGUCGUCUUACUGUUUCCUAAAUCCUUUGCAGGAUCUGAUAGUCUAUGCCUUUGUCCACAAGUAAUGCAGAACUGACAUUGUGACUGUCUACCAGAGUGGCUGGCCCGCAUUGGUCAGGUGUACCUGUGUGCACUGCCUGUGUAAAAGCGGGGAGGGAUGACCUGGGCAGGUGCAGAUUCAAGGGGUGUGGUAAAAAAGGGAGAGCUUGGUUUUUGUUGAAGUGGAAAACCCCCAAGGGUUUGUACAGACAUCCCGACCUCCCAAAGAAGGCGGGCUCUCUUGGGUUCAUUGUAAAGUGCCUGCUGCAUCAAUAAAGCUCUUGGCUUAUUAGUA